UUUUCAAUCGCAACGUAAAUAUUUUGGGAGUAUGUGGUUGACAGUGAAAAAGUGAAAAAUGAAAAUAUUGGUUAUACUAUUGUAUACUCUGGUAUAUAACAAUAUUGUGUCUGCAAGAAGAAAGCCAAAACCUGCACAAGUAAAGCCCAAGACAGAUCCGUUGUAUGAUUAUGUGAGACAGACACUUAAGAAUGUUGAAACAUACAGAUUGCCAACAAACAAUGAGAAAUUAUUCAAAGUUAAAAAUGAAACAGUACUGGAUUACGGUAAAUACGAUUUUAUAAUCGUUGGUGCUGGAGCGGCUGGUUGUGUGUUAGCAAAUAGAUUGUCUGAAAUCGACUCAUGGAGUGUGCUACUACUAGAAGCUGGAGGCGUUCCUAAUUCCUUUAGUGAUAUUCCCAUAUUCCCAGGCUAUCUCCAAAAUUCGGAGAUGAAUUGGGGAUACUACACUGCUCCGCAAAAAUACGCAUGUCAGGGUAUGAACAAUACGCAGUGUACUUUCCCAACAGGCAAAGUAUUAGGAGGCACUACAACCAUAAGUGCCGGAAUUUACUCCAGAGGUAGCGCUCAUGAUUACAAUUCGUGGUCAGAUAUGGACCUACCAGGAUGGUCUUUUGAAGAAGUUCUUCCAUAUUUCAAAAAAUCUGAACACGUAGUCUUCAAUCCAUACGACAAAGAUUUUCACGGAGCUGGUGGUGAAUUAUACGUAAAUAAAACUGCGCCAUAUUCUGCUGUCGGUGAGGUGUUUGUUCAAGCCAAUUUAGAAAAAGGCUUAAAAAAUGUAGACUACAAUGCAGAAAAGCAAAUUGGAGUAUCUGGCAUUCAGUUUAACCUAAAAGGCAAUAUUCAGCAGAAUGCUGCACAUGCCUUUCUCCAAAGCGCAAAAUCGAGAAAAAAUUUAAAAAUCGUUUAUAAUGCUGCAGUUAACAAAAUUUUACUUGAUAAGUUUAAUGCUACUGGGGUCACCUUUGUGAAUAAUGGUACACUGUAUAGAGUUUCAGCCAAUAAGGAAGUCAUUUUGUCUGCAGGUGCCAUCAAUACUCCUCAGUUAUUAAUGUUAUCAGGUAUUGGACCAGAACGUGAAUUAAAAAAGUUUAGUAUUCCAGUGGUUACUAACUUACGAAGUGUUGGAAAGCAUUUAAAGGAUCAACCAAUGUUCGUUAACUUUUAUGUUAGAACAGAUCUUACAGUGCCUGGAAAGACUCUGCAACAACAUUUGGAGACCUAUAAAGAAGGAAAAGCUCCCAUGACUAAUGGAGCUGCGUUGGAGCAUCUAGCCUUCAUAAACGCAAGAACGAUAUUACAUGGAGAAGCGGAUAUUGAGUAUGUCGUAGCUCCUCCUCCAUUUAGUAUUCCAGCAGACAUUAAGCAAUCCUUGAAUCUCGUUGACAAAAUUGCCAAGAUUUAUAAGAACUAUAAUACUUUAACAGACUCUAAGAUUACGAUGCUAUUAACGAAACCAAAAUCACAAGGUCAAGUUACACUUAGAUCUAAGAAAAUUACAGAUUUUCCAAUAGUUGAUCCAAAUUUUUAUUCUGAUGUACAACGAAGCGAUUUAAACACAAUGAUACGAGGAAUCAAAUAUUUCUUAAGCUUACUCAAAACCAAAGCUUUUAAAAGCGUCAAAGCGAAACUGAUAAGUACCAAUCCGAAUUGUGAGCAUUUGAAAACAAAGGAAAGACAGUACUGGACUUGUGCUUUGAAAGAUAUGACUACAACAGGCUAUAGUCCUUGUUGUACAACUCGGAUGGGACCAUUUAGCUUAACUUCAGUUGUCAAUAAUGAAUGUAUUGUACAUCAUUUUGAUAAUUUAAGGGUGGUCGAUGCUGGGGUUUUUCCUGACAUACCUAGAGGAAAAAUUGCAGCUACAGUUUACAUGGUUGCUGAAAAAAUCUCCGACCAUAUUAAAUAUAAAUACGGUAAAAAGUAGUUAAUAAGAAAUAAACUUGAACAGGGAAGGAUAUUUUGAAAAGUAUUUUUUUAGUUUAAUAAAAUUUGGUAAUUUUUUCCUGUACAAUUAAAUAAAAAUCAUUGUUUAGCAUUA